GGCCAGAAGCUUGUGCAUGUACUAGUACUGUACUACUACUGUAUGCGACGCCCUAUUCUCCGACUCCACAUCCGCCUGAACCAUCGAAGGCGCGCUAAAGAAGAAAAUGGGAAAAUAAAUGGAAGAGGCCAGAGGGUAAAGGUACGCGGCGUCGAUGAUAUCAUGCUGAAAUCAAUUUACUCGUUCACAGGCACCUUUCGAAAUUGAUUUUAGCUCGGGAGUUGAUGAGGGCACGAUCGGCAGAGGGAUGUGUGCGAGCUGGUCGGCGUUACCCCCCUCGGGUACUCGAUAGGAGAGUCUUACCCUUAUAGAAGACGACGACGACGACCAUCCAUCUUGCAACCCACCACCACCACCAACAAGGCCCGACCCUCGCAAUGGACCAGCCACUGACGCCGUACCAGGCAGCGCUGGCUGCCGAGCUGCACGACUCGGACAUUGUCUUCUACGUCGCCCUCUUCUUCUACGGCAUGGCCAUGUGGGAGUUUGUCUCUCGAGUGCCCGCCGAGACGGUGCGCAUCUACGUGCCCGAGUUUCGCAAGUGGAAGUCGGGCAAGUUCGACCACGCCUCGCUGCCCAUCGUCUUUGUCCUCGCCAACCGCAUCGCGCUGCCGAUCAUCGUCUCCUUUUCCAUCUCGCAGCUCCGGCAGCCGCCAACGGGCAGCUGCAGCGCAUACUACAACGGCUCCCUCACCCUGCUUGCCAUCACCACCUUCACCUGCAAGGCCAUCGAGGUGCUGCGCGUGAGUGGCAUCCGCAAGAGCUCACCCCCGAUCAAGGCCCUGCUCUGGACGGCGGCGGUCCUCCUCUUUGCGCUCUGGCUCGUCUACGCCAACACGCAAAAGAUCCUCGAGCAUCCACCCUUCCCGGCGUUUCCCUACGCGUCGACGUGCGGGCCCGUCGUCAAGAAUGGCCGGUGGCACAUUGCCGUCUGGGGCAGCGACCUGCUCCUGGAGCUCGUCCUCUUGGUGCUCGUCAUCGACCACGCCGUCGGCGGCUUCUUCUCCGAGUCGGGCCCAUUUGGUGCUCACUCGCUGAGCAUGAAGCAGCGCUUCAGCCUCUUUUCGCGCGUCACGCGGCAGUACUACGUCGGCGCGCUUCUCUGGUUCGUCUUUAGCUUCUCUGUCAACCUGCUCCAGCUCGUCUGGUUUGUCGUCCACGUCAUCGACUUUUACGCCGGUCUCAUGAUCCCCAUUCAGAUCUGGCUCACGACGACGAUGGGGCCUCGGCUCGUCGUCGACAUGCGCCUGUCCCAGGGCCACUUUUCUAGCUUCUCCAUCUUUGGCGGCAGCAGCAAGUCGUCCUUCAACGGCUCCGAGCGCAUCAACCUGCCCGCGACGCCGAGGACGGCGCAGGGCUUCCCGUCGCAGCAGCCUACGCCAUCCAUCAGCCAGGUCGAGAGCAUCGAGAUGCUCGACAACAACAAGCUGUCGGGUGUCGGCUCCCGCACUGGCUCCAUGGCCUGAUGAUGCCCUGCACAUUCUCUUGCCUACCCCUGGCCCCAUUUAUUUACCUUUACCUUCAAUAUCUCGCUUGGCCUCUGGUUUUACAAUGGGAAUGCUUGCUUCAUGAA